AUGCGUACCAACUCUGCCGCCACCGUUGCACUGAGCUUUGCAACCUUUGCCGCCCCGGUUCUUUGCAAUUUGGCCACCAUCAUUCGCAUCCCCGAAUGCGCGGCGAACGGGCAUGGCACCGCUAAGAAUAUCUGGGAAACCAAGGCCGAUAGGUGUCAAGCGGCGAUUCUCUCUCUGUACGGCCGGGGUGCCGACACCAUCACAGCUCCAAGGGCCGGAUGCGACAGAAUCGUCUCUGUCGACCCCUGCAGCGUCUGGUUGUGUGCAGGAGACGUCGGGUCCCAGGGCACAAUCUCGGCUGGUGCUCUGGCCACCGCCGCCCAAGACAUCCAUUCAUUCUGCAGGCUCAACGAAAACGCCGGCGGCAGAGUCUUUGUCGCGGCCCCGGGUGGGAAACCAGAUGGCACAGUCAUUGUCCAGCUGGGCGAGAUCCACAAGGACGAGCUGAAGAUGGCGAGGCGUGAGGAGCCUUCUCACGUCCAGGGAGACGAAGCUGCCGGGUAUGACGAAUCCGAAAGGAGAGAAACGGACUUGCGUCGUCGGAAUCGCCUGUCGCGUGGCAAGAGAUCUGACCCGGAAGAACUCGGCCUUGCAGAGGGCGUCAACGAGGGUGAGGAGAUGAUCCUGAACGAGGUCGAAACGGGGAACAUCGCCGCGGACUUUCUGCAAGACAUCCAGCGAGUCCGCAACGUCAACAACCCGAACUGGCAGAAUACCGCGCAGGUUGAGCGGACGUACAACACCAACAGCGGGCCCAUCACCAUCAGCAUGGGGUUCCUCGGGAGGAACGGACGCACUGUGAGGGACCUCGGGCUCCGCGACGUGGAGAUCAACGACCUCGUCAUGGAGAUCAUCGGCAACUGGUACGAGCGCGGCCUUCGCAGCUUGUUCUCGGUGCAUAUCUUCCGGCACUUCCGCAACGGCGGGCAGCCCGAUGUCCCGCUUGGUGAGGUUGCCAUUGUGAUUGAGCGAGGCAACAGGGGCGGCAACUUGCUGCCGGUCCAGGGGUCGCAGUAA